CCCAUAUGAACUUUACAAACAUAGUGGCACGUUGGCCUGGUGCAACACAUGAUUCCUUUAUUCUGACGCACAGUAGUGUAGGGAACAGACUACAGGCAGGCUUGGGGCGGGAUGGCUGGCUUCUAGGGGACAGUGGAUACCCCCUGAGACGCUGGCUCCUCACCCCAGUUUUGAACGCGCAAAGCGCCGAGGAACAACGAUAUAAUGAGGUCCAUGGCCGUGCUCGUUCAGUGGUGGAGCGCGCAAUCGGCCUCCUGAAGUGCCGGUGGCGCGCUCUGGAUGUGUCGGGGGGGAGGCUUUUAUACCAGCCUGCCAAAGUGUGCCGCAUUAUAAGGGCUUGCGGCGUGCUGCACAAUUUGUCCCAGAGGAACGGCAUCCCUCUCCCCCCCGACCUCCCUCCCCCCGAGCUUGACCCGGAGGCCCAGCCCCCUCCGAGGCAAGUCGGAUUUCAACAGGGUGCAAGAGUACGUGCGGAUGUCAUGCAGCGUUUAUGAAAUGAA